CUUCGACUCUGGCACCACACCAUCACCGCCGUCCUCAGCCUCUUAUCUAUAAACGGGGUUCCGCUUUACGUAUAUAGAUACCCUCUGGCGGAAGUGGCAUCCUGAGCCCUGCUCUGGAAUGCUACCGAUAUGCCUGUUAGCCCGCCCCCCCGUUCGAGGGCAGGAUUAAUUGGGCCUCUGCGAUCAACAAGGGGAUGUAAAACUUGCAAAAUUCGAAAAGUCAAGUGCGGAGAAGAAAAGCCAAGCUGCAUCCGAUGCACUAGCACAGGUCGCAAGUGCGAGUACCAAGGCACAUUUUCUGGCACAUUUUCCUCUGCAUCUUCUAUGAGCUCAAUUCUCGAUACGCCGCUUUCAUCAUCACCAAACACGGUCUGGCGGGAACGUCGAGCUUUUGCGUACUAUUUUCAACACGCCGCGCCUUUCGUUGGCGGUCAACUGGAUCUUGAUUUCUGGAAAACCAUUGUCCCACAGGUGUGCCGCACUGAGCCUGCCGUGUGGGAUGCCAUCAUUGCUAUCAGUGCCCUGUUUGAGAGUCCGGAGCCCUAUCCGAAUCUCGACUGUUUGCACCCCGGGAAACCUCGCGCUUUGAAUCAAAACCAUCGAGACGCAUUGAACUGGUAUUCGCGAUCCGUGUCCGGUGUGCGUCAGCGAAUCGAGCGCGGCAGCGUAGAUACAUUUGUCGGACUCAUUAGCUGUGUAUUAUUUAUAUGCAUUGAAGCCCUCCAGGGGCAUGUGGAGGAGGCCUUGCGGCUUUACGGGCAAGGUGGGAAUCUUGUUCUCGCUUUGCGUGCCCAGAUAGCGUGCGGCGCCGUGACAGCAACCAAUGCGGCUUUGUUAGAGGAUACCAUAGUCCCUAUCUUUGCCCGUCUUGGAUCGAUUGCCCGGGCGGUCGUCAGCAAUCUACUGAGGAGUUUGAUAGAGGACACGGAACCCACAGCGUUGCAAGAAUUUCAUUCACUCAAGUCCGCCCGAGAAACUAUCAUUCUUCUAACCGCGGAAAUCCAUUCUUUCCAGACAACUUGCGCACAACAUCAUCUGAAGUUUCACGCAUCUCAUUUAACACCAGAAUUAAUCAACCGCCAAACAAUCCUGUCCGCCAAGUUGGGCGCGUGGCGCACUGCCUUUACUAGCCUAAUGGUAUCUUUACACCCAAGCGACACUGUAUCACCAAACCAGAUCGGCACCGUCGCCCUUAUCAUCGCGCACUACGAGAUGCUAUCGAUAAUGAUUGCUGUCUGCGUAUCGUCAGUACAGAUGAUCACCGAUGCGUAUCUACCUAAUUUUGAAACCAUAGUUGAACAGUCUGGCAUCGCCCUGGAUGCCCUAGCGCGGUCAGACGGUACCCAAGCACCGUACACCUUUGACAUCACCGUGGUUCUUCCUCUUUUUUUCACUUGCCUUAGGUGCCGCGAGCCCGGAAUUCGACGCAGGGCACUGGCGCUACUAGAACGAGCACCCCAGGUGCAGGGGUUUUACAAGUCUAUCAGCGCGGUCCUGUUCGUCAGACAAAUCAUGGCGCUAGAAGAACAAUUCGCAGCUCAACUAAGAAACAAUUCUACGAUGUUGGGACCCACGAAUGUAAACUGCGGAUAUCAAAGGCCUACUCAGGCCCAUGGUGAUGAGAUUUCCGGAUGCGACUCCCAUAGCUCCAUCACUAGUCUGGGAUCUGAAUCCGCUGCAAGCCCAUAUUCUAUUGUCGCAGAAACGGGAGCUAUGACAGCAACCCGAUUACUGAUUCCAGAGGAGGCCCGUAUUGGGCCAGUCAACGUCUUUUGGGCACGGGACGGUUUCCCCCCGGAAACAGCGCCAGAAGACAUCGCGAAAUGGAACCAGAACCCUGAUCAACGCUUUCUCCAUUUUACUCGGAACCAGUACGAUGUAGCCAGUAAUACCUGGCACAUGGUCCCUGAAAUUAUCCCUGCCAAAGUUAGCUUCUAAGCAUAAAUGGCUUCGAUGUGCACCGAAAGAAUCAUUGCUCGAAUGCAAGAAUUGCAAUAGCAGUACGAUUCGGCAAAGCAAGCUUGCUGGCUAAACAGUAGAUGCAGAGAUAAUUAAUGGGAAAUAUUUAUUAACUGGGAGCAAGAAGAGAUGGCCAGCUGCGUGACCUGGUAAGCCUUUGCAAGGUACUACUACUCUUCAUUGCAACCAAGUGCUAAUAAUUAUCUAUCCUAUUAUUUAUGAAGGGAAUCUCCUCCUUUCCUGUCUACCGCUGAUCUACUGUCUCAUUUAAAACACGUUAGCUGCAGUGGUGAAGACUUUGACCAUGACAAGAAGAUAU